AACAGACAGCGCUGUUAUCAUUGCAAGGACGUUUUCCAUCUGUGUGGAACAGAUAAGAUCCCACUUACUUGUGAUUCGUACUGUACCCGUCGGACGAUGUACCAACGAGAAGUAGCAUAUAAUUCUACAAUUCAGGAAUUGUAUGGACGCAUUCGAAACGUAACCAAUGACACAGAUCUCAACAGAAAACAAUUGAAGAAAUGGGAGUUUGAUGAUUCUGUGAUCAGGUGGAAGUCAAUCGCUCUAGCCGUUGCUAGUCUGUUCGUUGUCUCAAUAUUCCUGGUUAUAGUACUUGGAGUGAAAUUUUGCAGAUACCGUACGCUACUAAAACGAAAAGGAAAUGAGCAGAACAAUCUCGUUGAAGACCAAACUUACGGAAUUGGACGCGAUGCCACAGAAUUGAAAUGUCUAAUCACUGUAGCUGACAAUGGCGGAAACAGAGACAGCCAGGUAUCUGGCGAUAGUGCUUUGGACUCCACGGCCUCGUAUUCUGACAGUUCCUCAAGUCUACACAAUACACAGAGCCCAGGUGGAUUUUCUGUUCCUGUACCGGAAGUUGGUGAACCACGUAGUGGAGAUCAAUCAAACACGAGGCUCUUGGCAGCAAAUAACUCUAAUUCAAAUAACAGUGCUUUUCUUACUACUGCAGAGCAGCAUACAUUCAGACGGUUUCAUAAUAAGUUUUUCCCUCCCUUUGUUUUGUACAGGAUACGAAAAUUAUCGUUAUAAUGUAUACAUGUAUUUAUUGUUUUAUUGUGUCUUAUAAGUAUUAAUGCGAGGCGUUGCCUUUAGAGUAUAUAAUGUUCAUUUUAUAUUUAUAUAUUCAGUAAACUACGGUUAUAACGAACUCGAAGGGACCACUAAUUUUAGUACGUGAUAACCGUAGUUCGUUAUAAGCAUAUACACAGCAUUUAUACAACAAAUCGUCGGGACUAAAAAAUAAGUUCGUUAUAUCCGUCAGUUCGUUAUAAGCGUGUUCGUUAUAAAUUGUACACCGCUUAUGUAACGUGUGACACGUAAAUAAGCUAUUUUUAUCUGUGUGUAUUGUAUAAAGAUGAGGAUGCUGUUGGCCGACAACAUUUGAAAAGUCGCCAGCUGUUGUGGAAGUUUCGCGCAUUACCGAUACAUACUCAACACAUACGCAACAUUUAUUUAUAUUUAUUCUAUUGUAUGGGCCUGACAAAGCAUCCUAAGAGUACAAGGGGCGGCUCAAAUACGAGUGUGAUGCACACCCUACAUGUCGAACCGGGUCAUCUGUGGCAGCUUGCGUGAGACAGUCCAUAUCAGUUUGACCUAGGUUGCCCCACCUACAACCGGUGUGUACAACUCUUUUAUCAUAUAAUGGGUAGGAUAAAGCCAACGGAUAAACCGCACUCUCCUACCCAGAGUUCCAUGUACCCGGCAGCCAGCCAGCAUAGUA